ACUGGAGCUUCUUUGGAAUUCAUGAACUCUUGGAUAUUGUGGGGUUUUUUUCACCUCCAAAAAGAAAAACUCCACUUUUGGGAGGAUAUGAGGCAGCGUGCAUCCUGGACAAGCGGUUCGAACUAUUCUUGCCCUGUUUGAUGGGGGAACGCUUAAUGCAUGCUCGCCAUGGCUUAUUAUCCUUUCCAAGCGCAGCGACCGGAUGCCUUGCCCUUGCCAUCCUUUCUUUCCGCCUCACAAGUCUCCUUUCCUCCCACGCUGUGUAUCCCGGCCGUGGCGUCCCGCUCCGAGGUUGAGCCAGAGCAGGUGGGCUCCGAGGCGGGACUGCACGCGGCUCUGAGCCGGCAGCACCAAGCUGCCCAGUUGCGCUCCUUGAAGAACCCGCAGCCAGGGGACGGGUUGUGCGAUGAUCCCAAAGUCACUCUGGAAUCACAGGAUUUAUGGAACCAAUUCCACAAAAUGGGAACGGAGAUGGUUAUUACUAAAUCGGGACGAAGGAUGUUCCCACCUUUCAAAGUCAACGUUGAUGGACUUAAUAAAGCAUCCAAAUACAUCUUACUAAUGGACAUUGUCACUGUUGAUGACUUUCGUUAUAAGUUUCACAAUUCCCACUGGAUAGUAGCUGGAAAAGCGGACCCGGAGAUGCCGAAGCGCAUGUACAUUCAUCCUGACAGUCCGUCCAAGGGAGAACAGUGGAUGAGCAAGCCAGUUGCAUUCCAUAAACUGAAACUCACCAAUAAUAUAUCGGAUAAACAUGGAUUUACAAUUUUGAAUUCAAUGCAUAAAUACCAGCCCAGAUUUCAUAUUGUGAGAGCCAACGACAUCAUGAAACUUCCAUACAGCACGUUCAUGACGUAUGUUUUCCCGGAGACUGAAUUUAUUGCUGUCACUGCAUAUCAAAAUGAGAAGAUUACCCAGCUAAAAAUUGACAACAACCCAUUUGCCAAAGGAUUCAGGGACACGGGAAACGGGAGACGAGAAAAGAGGAAUAAUCCUUUAAACAUCUCUCCGCCGGAUGAGAACAAAACAUACUGUGCUGAUUCUGAUGACUCAUGGGAACAGCCCAGAACCAGUGACCCGUUUCACUCCCCUCAAGAAUCAUGGGCUGUGACAUCCAUGCCAACCUGUCAAGAUGAGAACAACACUGGAAGUGAUUCAGAUAUUGAGCUACAAGGUGAGGAUGAUGGUCAAGCCGGCCAUUCUCGGACGGAAUCUUCAUUUCGGCUGAUGGUGAAGAGUAACAAGAAGGAGCCGGCAAUGUUGAGUAAGAAGUUUUCCAUGGAGAGUGAAUCCCCACAAAGCUGCGGGAGUAAAAUAAAAGAUGCCACAUCCCGUAUGUUAUUGGAAGCACAGAGCUCUCCAUCAUUCAGUGCCGGACAUCUACAGACGGUUGCUCUGUCCAACAGCCAGCAGUGUCUUGAGCUUGGACCAUCGUUGAUGUUUCACCAGGGACAGAUGUUGAUGAAAACGGGGGCUAUUCAGUCUACAUCUAUGGGAAAUCUAUUGUCCUCUUUCUCAGGAGUAAAUGGUGGUGUAUCUUCUCAAAACACCACCUCGCCAUCUCCGUUUAUGUUUCAGCUGUCACAGCAGGUGUUGGUACCACAGGGACUUUCGCUACCACCUUUUGGAGGAUUGCUUUCAUACCCAUGGAGCUACUUGACAUCACCUGCCGCAAUGAAUUCACCGCUCCCAACUAGUUCCACAACAUCAGCGUUUCUAAGAAACCGCACUUUUCACAGUGCUUUACCAUGGUUGCGGAUGAGCCCCUAUCAGAUCCCAGCUUCUGCCAUAUCAAGCCAAAAGUUGCUGACAGCAAGUUUGAACUCGAAUGAAUUUGAACAUAAACUGUACAGUCGAGGGAAUAGUCCAGGGUCUGAUAAUCACACCAAUGGCAAGUCCGGAAGUGAGCAGAUUGUCUCACUAAAAAAUGUUCACGUUUCCUCUGAUGGACUCCAAAACAUUCAAAAUGUUGUGUUUGAUAAAUCAGUUACUCUAUAACUAUGAUCACCUCUGAGUGAAACUCUGGAUCAGAGUCAACUUUUUUUCAGCUGAUUUGAACUUCUAGCAAUCACAGAUUAGUUUGUGGGAACCAUUCAUUGUAAAUCCAAGAUUUACCACUAUUUAUUCUUAAUUAUAUAGAUGACACCUGCCUGUUUAUGUAAAUAUAAUUGUUUUUGUCUUUUUUUUUUUAAAUCGCACUUUGUAAAAUACCCAUCUUGAAAAAAAUUCAAACAUAUAAUGUCAUGAUCAAAAUUGCCAAAGUUGUGAAGUCAUUUGAUCACCUGUCACCUGUACAUGUUUACAUUGUUUUGAUAUAGCAGAGAAACACUAUGCACAUAUUAGCAAACUCAGGAUACUUAUUGUGUGUGUUUUCACAAA